AUGUCCAUGCGUCUGGAAAAGCCGACCGGACACACAGAUGGGGUCCUGGGAGACACACACAACUCAUCAGAGCCGCUCAGGCUGGAGGGAGGAGCCAGCCGCUGUGCUGGGAUCCUGGAGCUCAGACACAGAGGAGAGUGGAGACGAGUGGAGCCUGAUGGAGCCUGGACCCUGGAGCAGACAGCAGCUGUGUGCAGAGACCUGGACUGUAUUGACAUCUGUGAUAGAAUAGGAGAGGCUCUCCAAUCUAAGGGAAUGAGGAUCAAAAACUUCUUCCAAAGACGGAGUCAGAAUAGGGACAUCCAGCGUCUUCUGCGAGACAUUGAGAGCAACGGAACAGCCAUGCAGCAGAGCCAGACUGGCAUCGCAACAGUUCUCAUCCUUCUGAUGCUCUUUCUGGAAAAAGAGGACGCCAUCUUUCUUUUGGCAGAUAUAAAUGCGACAAAGCUGUCAGUUGAAGCAGAGAUGACCCUUCCAGCCACGCCAAGACUGAUACUGCUUGGGAACACAUUUCUCUCAGCCAUGAAAUGGAUGGUGAGCUUUGAGGGAAGAGUUGCCUACAUCUUAGAAGAGCAUCUGGGCUUUGCAGAUGCGUUGAUAAAUCCAGAGGAGGGAACGAAGUGCUCUGCAAAAAUCGGCACAAGUCGUAAGACUGGAGCAGAGGUGAAGAGGAAUGUGGAGACUGUCAACAGCAGGGUGUCUUCCUUCCUGUGCCAGCUGACUGAAUUUGAAUGGAAGAACUUGGAUUAG